GGCGAAGGCUCCAUUCACGACCUUCUUCGCGAGCACGGCCUACCUGCCGGCCUCCUUCCGAAGUCCGUGGAAUCCUACACCCUUGACAGCGCAACUGGGAUCCUCGAGGUUCGGCUCGACCGCCCCUGCUUCGCCAAGUACGAUGGCCUCGCAUUCUUCGACCAAGUAGUGCGUGGCAACCUCAGCUAUGGUGCGCUCGGAAGCGUAAGUGGAUUAAAGCAGGAAGAGCUCUUCCUAUGGCUUCCCGUGCGUGGAAUCCUGCUUUCUAACCCUUCUUCCGGCGUCAUCCUCUUCGACAUCGGCGUCGCUCACAAGCAGCUUUCACUCUCUCUGUUCGAGGUUCCGCCGGAUUGCAGGCCGGCGGAGGGCGCAGAGGUGGCGAUUGGUGGCAUCCGGGAGAUCCCAAAAGGGCUUCUUGGCAGAAGAGGAGGAUUUCAGGAUCAGAGAUGAAUAUUUAUACA